AGCCAUUUUGGCUCAAGGGCUUGAACGCGCGCCCGUCCUUGUGCUGGCCUGCCGUUCGCAAUUUUCCUGCAGGCGUCAUGGCGGGAUGGUGCUGUAUGUCGUUGUUGUCCACGCGUGCCUUUGUCCUUAUCACGCCCGCGAUUUUCUUGGUGGACGUCCUCGUGUGCCUGGCCGUGUUCUGGCUGGGGAGCACCGACGACGAGGAGUCCCACGACGCCGAUCGCUACGCUUCCGGCACGCUGGACUCCCUGGUGUGCUGCGCCGUGCGCGUUGUGGCCCUGCCUCUGAUGGCGGCCGUCGCCCUCCUCGUGUACAAGCGCACCGCGGCCUCCUCGCCCCUGCGAAGGCUGCAGCAGGCUCAGGCAUCCCCUGAUCAUAGCCCUGAGUUGAGGCCGCAGGGGCCUAUCGCGGACCCGACGCUGAGUGUCCCGCUGGCGCGCAUGGGUGACUCCGGCAGCUUCGCGAGCUCGUCGACGUCUGCCUCGCUGCCCUCGCUGUUCGAGGCCCAGCGCGACCACGCGAUCCUAAUGAAGACAGCGGGCCGCCGGAGGACCCUGAUCAUGGCCUUCGCCUUCGUGGUGGCGACCGGCAUGUCCUUCUAUAACGGGCUGAAGUGCGUCAGCUUUCACUACGAUCCGAAGCUCAUCGUGUCGCAGGGCGCCCUGUUUGGACUGAUCCUCUUCCUCAUCAACGUCGAGUACUUCUGGCUGCUCGAGCUGUUGGACAAGCUGACGGAGGAGCAGGGCGAGAUGAUUCCCCACUUGCACAUGCACCCCCUCUUCUUCGAGCUGGGAUUGAAGUGCCACGGGUGUGAUGUUUGUCAUGAGGCGAUGAAGCCUCCUCAUUACAUUGCCUAUCGCUGCCGCACCUGUGACUUCGACCUAUGCCCGCGUUGCCACAAGAAGAAGGAUGAUCCAAAUGCUAGAGGCUUCGGCUCCAGAGCAGUGCGACGGGAUGGCGAGCAGCUGACGACUUGGUCGUAUUUCCGCCGCAUCUUGGAGCUGACCUUGGACUUCAAGAUGACGUCCGCCAGUGCGCUUGUAUGCCUCGUCGCUACGCAGAGCAUGCAGAUUUGGUCUCCGAGCGUUCAGGGAUCUAUCUUCGAUUCCAUAGUCAAGUACAUGGCUCAUCCCGAGCGUGGCAACGACGCUUUCGAGCGUGCGAUGCUUGUAUACUUGCUGGUGAAUGCUCUCCAGGGCCUUUUCGGUGGCUUGAAGGCCUUGGCGCAGGAUCUGGUGCUUCGGCAACUGGCAUGCAGCGUACGGUUGAAACUGUUCCAGAGCGUCGUUCGAAUGGACAUAUCUUUCUUCGACACGAUGCACACUGGCCAGCUGACCUCCCGCCUCACUAACGACGCCAGCCAAAUGGUCCAGCCGUUGAACACGCUGAUGAACGAUCUGAUUGCGAACAUCAUGCUCCUCGUGGGUGGCAUGUGCAUGGCCUUCUACACGUCCUGGAAGUUGUCCAUCCUGGCCCUGACUGUUGUGCCGCCGAUCACAUACAUCUAUCGGCGCUACGCCGAGUGGGGCCGGAAGGUGAACCGUUCGAUCUAUUGCGCGUACGGGGAGGCAAACAGCACGGCCACCGAGGCCAUCCACAACAUCCGCACUGUGCGCGGCUUCUCAACAGAGCAGUUCGAGGCGGAGAAGUACGGGGAGAGCAUUAGCACAGCGCUGGUGCACGGAGUGCGCAACGCCUACGUGGGGGCCUCCGUAACUGCGUUCUCGACGUAUCUCAACUUGGGCACCGCAGUCGUCAUCCUUUGGUACGGUGGUUCGCUCGUGUGCAGCUCGAUGGGCAAGACAAUGAGCAUAGGGAGUCUCAUCACCUUCCAGCUCUACUGGAACAUGAUGAACAACGCCUUCAUAUCCUUGGGGAACGUCUUCAACGACCUUAUCCGCUCAUCCUCUGCCGCCGAGCGCGUCAUCUCCCUCAUCGAUGCGCGGCCCGAGGUCGACCCGGACGAGGGCGAGCAGCUGCAGCGGCAGGACGUGCAGGGCCAUCUGCGGCUGCAGAAAGUUGAGUUCCGCUACAAGACGAGGCCAGAAAACCUCGUCCUCAAGGGCAUCGACAUGGACAUGGCUCCUGGCACCACCACCGCACUGGUCGGCAAGAGCGGCGGCGGCAAGAGUACACUGGUCCACCUGCUCAUGCGCUUCUACGAGCCCACCGAGGGCCGCAUCAGCCUCGACGGCAAGGACAUGCGCAGCCUCUCGUCACGCUGCGUGCGCUCGUUCUGCGGGUUCGUGGCCCAGGACACGCAGCUCUUCGCGAAGUCCAUCGAGUCGAACCUGGCCUACGGCCUCAACCGCGACUACAGCCACGAGGAGGUGGUCGCGGCGUGCAGGGCGGCCAACGCUCACGACUUCAUCCUGGAGACCGAGGAGGGGUACGAGACCCGCGUGGGGGAGCGCGGCAUGCUGCUCUCUGGGGGCCAGCGCCAGCGCCUCGCGAUCGCCCGGUGCUUCCUGCGCCGCCCGCGGCUGCUCUUCCUGGACGAGGCCACCAGCGCCCUGGACUCGGAGAACGAGUCCCUGGUGCAGGAGGCCCUCGACAAGCUCAUCGCCGAGACGGGCUGCACCGUGGUGCUGAUUGCACACCGGCUGUCCACAGUGAUCAACGCCAACCAGAUCGCCGUCGUGCACAAGGGAGCCAUCUUCGAGCGCGGCACCCACGACGAGCUCGUCACCAAAGGGGGCGUCUAUGCGCAGCUCGUGCAGAGGCAGAUGUCCCGAGACGCGAGCACGGUGAUGGGCGACAAGGCCAAGGGGAAAGAUGCCCCUGCAGCAGGGGGAGCUGGAAAGAAGGCCAUGCAGACGGAGAUCGAUGAGCUCAUCGCUGAAAUGGAGGACAGCUCAGGAGCGCUGAACCCUGCCUCGGAGGGCGCCUGAGGCAUGAGUGAGCCCAGAGGCUAUUUCCUCUCGCUCUUCCUCCCCCUUGUGCUGGUUCUGUGAUGUACGUCGGAACGGGAUUAGCUUCAAUUGCUAUUGGUCGACCCCAGCUUUUGCAUUUCUUCCGCCUCAGCGGGUUUCCAGUGGGGACCCGGGGCACACAGCAUGGACCUACAGCGGCUGCGUGUUGAUCGAUCCAACGGUGUGGAACAUAAA